AUGGCGAUGAGAGGUGUGAGGUAUUCUCAUGACCUUCGCGGUGGUAAGGACCGCCCCGCGAAGUGUGGGACCCUCUCAUACGAUGGUGACCAGGAUUGGCUUGCUGACGGUGAUAAGAAUCGACCCGUCCAGCACUUUUAUGGGUAUGUACCUGCGACGUGGCGUGGGACAGCUCAGGCUGCGUCUUUUCAGCGAGUCUCAGCGAGACUGUGCUCGCGGCAUGGGCUAUUUCCCUCUGCUGCGCUUUCGCGCGACCUGCAGCGGGGUCAAGCUGUCAGCUUGACGGGAUAUCUCCCACAGCAUUCUGCGGGGUUGAAGGUUCUUUGGAAAAGGUAUCCCCCUGAGCUUGGGGGGAACCCUGAGUGCCCUGGUUGGUUUGCUCAUGUUCUGGUUGGCAGGCCAUUCGUUGCUGUAGAACCGGUGAUCAUGGAUUUCUUGGGUCCAAUCAUGGACAUUCUCCCAACACUGUGUAAUUGCACUUCCAAUUGCAUUGCUAUCAUCCGUCAUCUCCAAGAGAACUUGACUUCAUUAAGACAGACAAGGGAUGAACUCGAGGACAUCAGCAAAGAUGUCAAGAGCAGGGUCGAGCUUGCAGAGCAGCAAUAUCGUAAGCGUACCAACCAAGUUGAAGGCUGGCUGGAACGUGUACGACUCAAAUUAGAGAAAGUGGAUAAUAUGUUGCAGAGAGGAGAGCAAGAGAUCCAAAAGAAAUGUUUAGGAACUUGCUGUCCCAGGAAUUGUUACUCUAGCUACAAGCUUGGUAAAGAAGUAAUUAGGGGGACUAAAGCUGUGAAGGAUUUAAUAAACAAAGGGAAGGAAUUCAAAUCUUUCGAUGAUGUUUCUGAAAAACUAUCGCCACCUCCCGUGGAUGAGAUACCUAUGGACAAGACUGUGGGCAUGGACUCCAUACUAGAUGAAGUUUGGAGAUGUAUUGACGACCAUAAAGUGAGAACGAUCGGAUUAUACGGGAUAGGGGGUGUUGGCAAGACCACCCUUUUAAAGAAACUUAACAAUAAAUUUAUUGACAACAGACGUGAUUUUGAUCUGAUGAUUUGGGUUACGGUGUCUAAAGAAGUGAACUUGGUUGGAAUUCAAGAAGUUAUACGGCAUAAAUUACAGAUUCCAGAUGAAACAUGGAAAAAAAAGACAGACGAGCAUAGUAGAGCUACCGAAAUCUGCAGAAGCUUCAGUGGAAAAAAGUUUGUGCUAUUGCUAGACGAUCUGUGGGAGAGAAUAGACCUGCUAAACAUGGGAGUUCCUGAUGUUUCCUACCAUCAAAAUGGGUCAAAAAUAGUAUUCACAACCCGUUCAGAGGAUGUGUGCCAUAACAUGGACGCUGCUGUCAAGAAAUUCGAAGUGAAGUGUUUGUCAUUUGAAGAAUCCUUUGAAUUGUUUCGACAAUGUGUGACGGAGGAUGUUUUGAACUCGCAUCAUCAAAUUACAGAGUUUGCUGAAACGGUUGCUAAAGAGUGCAAAGGUUUGCCGCUUGCUUUGAUCACUAUUGGGAGGGCCAUGUCCAAUAGGAGAACACCAGAGGAAUGGCGGUAUGCUAUCAACACAUUGCAGAGUCAUCCGUCUGAGUUUGCAGAUAUGGAAAGUAGUGUCUUUCAAGUUUUGAGGUUUAGUUAUGAUAGCUUGAGGGAUGAUAAACACAAAAAUUGUUUUCUUUAUUGUUCCUUGUUUCCAGAGGAUCAUAUGAUUAACAAAGAUGAACUAAUUGACCUCUGGAUUGCGGAGGGAAUUUUGCAUAAUUGUGGUUUAAAUGAUACAAGAGAUGCAGGAGAGUUUAUUAUCAGAAGUUUGAAACAUGCAUGUCUGUUGGAGAUGGUUGGAGAUUCUGAUGAUUAUGUUAAGAUGCACGAUGUGCUUCGUGAUAUGGCUCUGUGGUUAGCUUCGGUAAAGGAGAACAAGAUUUUUGUUUUUCAAAAUCAAGAAUCCAUUAAAAAACACGGCAUUGCUACUUGGAAGGAGGCAGUAAGAAUAUCACUAUGGGGUGGAAGUGUUAAACUUUUCAGAGAAACACCAUUUUGUCCGCGUCUGCUAACUUUUUUGGUUAGACAGACUGCAGUUGAGACAUUUCCUAGUUCAUGCUUUCAAUCUAUGCACGCCAUGAAAGUUUUGGACUUGUCAAAAAAUAUUUUCUUAACUCGGUUGCCUACCAUGCUUGAAAUGAUAAAUUUACAGUAUCUUAAUUUGUCAGAUACAGACAUAGAGGAGUUGCCUAUUGCGGCUAACAGUUUGACAAAAUUGAGGUUUCUACUGUUAGAUGGUACAUGGAAACUCAAAGCUAUUUCAGAAGGAUUGAUAUCAAGUCUUUCAUCGCUACAAGUAUUCAGCAGAGGACCAACUAUAAAUAGCAAUCUGCCUUUUCAGCCCUUUUGGAAUACAACCUUGUUAAGAGAGUUGGAGUGCUUGGAAGAAAUAGAAGAAAUUAAUGUCAUCUUGUAUACAGUCGAUGCUGUAUUUAAAUUUAAAUCAUCCCCCAAGUUACAAAGUCGUGUUAAAAAGUUAGUAAUCCAGUGUGAGCAGGGCGAGGAAUUGCAAUCGCCCAACACAUCCUCUUCAGUUCUAAGUUCUGGCCGUUUCGACAACCUUCGUGAUCUCUAUAUCAGUAAUUGUUUGAUAAAAGAUUUGACAUGCCUCAGAUAUGCUACACGGCUUAGAUAUGUUUUUGCUGAAAAUUGUCCCUUAUUGGUAGAAAUAAUUGCCAAUGAAUUCAGCUCUCCAUUAGAAGACUCCAACAUGUUUAAAAAUCUGGAGCAAUUGAAUUUUCGUGAUCUACCAGUUCUGAAGAGCAUAUCUCGUGUCAUGCACUUCCCUUCCCUGGAGAGGAUAUGGGUAGUUAGAUGCCCGAGUCUAACAAAACUCCCACUUGACGUUGUCAAAGAGAAUAACAGCAGAAUUUUGAUAGUGGGAGAUAAAGAGUGGUGGGAUAAGCUGGAAUGGGAGAAUUCGAGUUCAAAAGUUUCUUAUUCCUCUAUGCAUCAGACAGCACCCGUCUCAGGAUUAGCAGCACAGUCUUGUUCCUACAAUUUUCCACAUUUCAUAGAAGUGACAUUACAUGGGCCAGGUUAUACAUAUGAAGCAACAAAGUUUGAGGAAAGAUUUGCUUUGCUGAAAUGUCUAUCAGAUGGGUACGUAAGUGAAGAAAUUCCGGGUAUGAAAAAUGUUCACUUUGAACUCAAAUACUGCUUGAAGUCCUUCUGA